CCCGCCCCUGUCCCCUUCCUUGCCCUGUUGCCGUUGCGCCGACGCCGGCUGCUGUUGUCCCUGGACCCCCACCAUGGAAGAGACAAUAGAAGAUCCCCCCACAUCAGCCAUCUUGCUGGAUCAUUGUCAUUUCUCUCAGGUCAUCUUUAACAGCGUGGAGAAGUUCUACGUCCCUGGAGGGGAUGUCACGUGCUAUUACACCCUCACCCAGCAUUUCCUUCCCCGUCGAAAGGACUGGAUUGGCAUCUUUAGAGUGGGAUGGAAGACAACUCGUGAGUAUUACACCUUCAUGUGGGUUACUUUGCCCGUUGACCUAAACAGCGAAUCAGCCAAACAGCAGGAAGUCCAAUUCAAAGCUUAUUACCUGCCCAAGGAUGAUGAGUAUUACCAGUUCUGCUAUGUGGAUCAGGAUGGUGUGGUCCGGGGAGCAAGUAUCCCUUUCCAGUUCCGUCCAGAAAAUGAGGAGGACAUCCUGGUUGUUACCACUCAGGGUGAGGUGGAAGAGAUUGAGCAGCACAACAAGGAGCUUUGCAAAGAAAACCAGAAGCUGAAGGACAGCUGUGCCAGCCUCCAGAAGCAGAACUCAGACAUGCAGGCUGAACUCCAAGAGAAGCAGGAGGAGCUAGAAGCCCUAAAGAGCAUCAGUAAGAAGUUGGAACAGAAAGUGGAGGAACAGAAAGACCAGUGGGAGACAGAGCUGCUUCAACUGAUAGAACAAAACCAGAAGAUGGCCUCAGAAAAUGAGAAGAUGGGAGUCAGAGUGGAUCAGCUUGAGGCCCAGCUGUCAACUCAAGAGAAAGAAAUGGAGACGCUUGUUCAGGGAGAUCAAGCUAAGACAGAGCAGUUGGAGCAUCUGAAAAAGGAAAAUAGCCGGCUCUUUCUCAGUUUAACUGAACAGAGGGAGCAGCAGAAGAAGCUGGAGCAGACAGUGGAGGAGAUGAAGCAGAAACAAACUGCCGCGACAAAGAAACAACAGGAGUUAGCGGACCAGAACUUUGACCUGUCAAAAAGACUGAGUGAGAACAAGAUUAUAUAUGAUGCUCUGCAGAGAGAGAAAGAGAACGUGGAAAGAGAAAAUGAUCUUUUGAAGAGGGAGAACAGCAGAUUGCUGAGUUACAUGGGUCUGGAUUUUGACUCUUUGCCGUAUCAAGUGCCUACUUCAGAUCAAGGAGGUGCGGGACAAAACCCAAGACUUGCGUAUGGAAACCCAUACUCUGGUAUCCAAGAAAGUUCCGCCCCCAGCCUGCUUUCCAUCAAGAAAUGCCCCACCUGCAAUUCAGACUUGGCUGAUGACGUUUUUGAUCACACCUUGGAGCAGCAGCACAUGCAGUCCGUUUGUUUGAAUUGUCCAAUUUGUGACAAGAUCUUCCCAGCGAAGGAGAAGCAGAUCUUUGAAGACCAUGUGUUCUGCCACACCCUAUAAGUGUCCCAGCCUCUUAUAUCCAUACUAUAUAUAGAUUUUAUAGAGUAGAACCUAUAGCUUCUACUAUGAGUUAUGACCUGAGAUUCUGCCUAACCUAAAAUUAUCAGGGAUGUUCUCAGUCUUGCUGCCCUAAAGGCAGAGUCAUGUUGAUUACCUGAAGGAUAGUGUUAAGGGCUGUUACUUCCAUCCUUUUGGGUUACUACCUUUUAAGUCACAUAACUCUAGCUGUGUCAGCCUGUCACCUAUGGUGCCCAUUCUUCCCAGGGUCUCCAGUACAAGGGCCCUGGGAUGGAACUGACCUGACUGUUCGCAACAACCCUGACUUGAGUACUAAGUGAAUAGUUUUCCAAGUUGUUCCACUGCCAUUCAAGGUCAGGCUUUGUUCUCAGUGUAUUUGUUCUCAGACGUCAGUCCUAACCCUGGGGCUGGACAUUGAUCAGAGGUUGAGAAUUUCUUCCUCCUCCUCCUCAGGCCUCUUUCUCCAACUGUUUGCAUUAGACUAGCUAAAAAUGGCGCGACAGAAAACUCAGAAAUCCAGUUUGGUUACCAAAGGUUUCUCAUCUUGAUUUCUGAGCUCCCAACAGAAGCAUCCAAUUCCUGAACCAUGGAGAUGACAUAUUAUUUCAAUCACAGAAAGCCUUCUUUCUGGAUACCUCUGAUUGGCAUUUUCUCCUCUUUGAUCUUUCCUAUGCACAUAACUUUCAUUGUUGUAAGUCCUUUCUUAAUGGUUAGGAGGAGUUGUUAGAACCUGUAUGGGUUUGCAACUUUCUGAGCAGGUGAGUUUGAAUAUGGAUAAGUCAGAAUAAUGAGAACUAUUGUUAAUCUCUUUAGUACUAAAAAUAAACUAGUCCUCUAUUUCAGGGACUUUCAUAAUUUAAAAUAAA